AUGGCGCGUGGUAAUGCCACCUCAAAAUGUUCUCCAAAUACGAAGGAAAUAAAGCCAAGUACGGAAUUUUACCCUGAAGAACGCGCUAACUCGUCUUCGGAGCAAGAAUUCUUUCCCUGGACUAACGCGACGCCGCCCCCGUUUGUUUUGAUUUGUGAUGUUUCGCAAAUAUUACGAGCCAAUAUGGAUAGUCUAAGCAAUAAAGAAGAAACCGAAAAUGCUUGUAAUAAUUCACCACUACUACAGAUGGAAGGUGAGGGGAUUGAAACCAUUCGUAAACCAAGCUUAUUCAGUUCCCAAGUUACGGAAACUGAACAAGAUAUAAUUGACAAACGCGUCGCCUUGCAACAACGUCAGUAUGCUGAAUUCGAACGACGUGAAUUUGAAAGAAAAUCCCGAAAAAUUCGAGCCGUUUUCGAAUUCUUAUCGGAUGAAGAAAUUAAGGAAGCUUUGCAAGAUUGUGAUAAUGACGAGGAAGAAGUCAUUGUUAGAAUGACACAGCCCGGGUACUUGGUCUACACUCGCAAAACGAUUGCUCAAAAGUAUCACGGACCAACUCUCACAAAUCACAUGUCCGAAGAACAAAAGGAGGCAUAUGAACAACUUUUGAAAAAAAGAAAGGAAACUCUCAAGAAAACCACCGGUGAAAUCGCAAAAAAACAAUAUCGUAUGAAGGGGCGCCUUGCAUUAGAUGAUGCUUUGAAACAAGUUCAAGAUAACAAGAAAGAUCUCGAGAAAGCCUUUGAGGGUUGGUCAGAAGCUCGCAUUAAAGCAUUCAAUGCAAUUGAUAGUAAGCCGAACACCUAUUAUUAUCGAUUUAAUGCGCCGGGUGAAAUACAGAAAAAAGGGCAAUGGACAAAGGAGGAAGAGGCUUUGUUUUUUGCUCGACUUGCAGAAAUUGGUGCAGAUGGCCAAUGGGGAAUAUUCUCAAUGGCUAUUCCUGGUCGUGUUGGUUAUCAGGCAUGCAAACUAUUCAUCAUUGCUGUACUUGGACGCCUCAAGGAUCCGAACUACGUGCUCGAUGAGAAAGGCAAAGCUCAUUACUUGUUCAAUACUAAAAAUAAAAUAACUGGCGAAACGGAAAAGACCUUUAGGACUCAUAGCAAACAUGGUGGAGGCUCUGCUCCUCGACCCCCUAAGACCUCAACAUCUAAAAGUACCACCAAGUCAACUCCUAUGAAGAAAAGACGAAAGAGAAGCAGUCACUUUAACAGUGAUGAUGACUCUGGUGACGAUUUCGAUUUUGACGAUUCCGGCAGCUAUACCCUCAAAUCAUGGAGUGGAACUAAACGAACGAGAACACGAGGCACUACAAAUCAAGAUGUCGAAAUGCCAGAUACCAUUGAUCCUAAUUCCAAUCCCCUCCCAGGAUUUGUCGAUCCCAUCACACUGGAAGAAGUUAUCAAGCCAGCCAUCUCUCCUUAUGGACACGUUAUGGGUUACGAUAGCUGGGUUCGAUGUCUCUCUUCGAACACACAAAAGAAUACUUGCCCAUUAACCAAAAAACCUUUAACCAAACGGGAACUCGUUAUUUUGACUAAGGAUAAUAUUGAUGAAUUUCGGUAUUAA